AACUGUUGCAACUCUUUCACGGCGCACAUGGCUUAACUAAUCAGUGAAAUGCAGAACGUUUUCGAUAGUGGAAAAGUGGCUUACGAGGCGGCUCCAAUGCCUAAGACAAGGACUCUUGAUGAGUCUGCUGUGUUCUAUCUAUCUGUGCUAAAGGAUGUUGUCAUUGUGCUGCUUGUGGGAGUUCCCAUGCUCUUUCUGAAGUUGAUUAAGAACCUUCUGACAAGUGAGAAGAAUGUGGCUGGUCAGUUGGCACUUGUGACUGGGGGAGGAAAUGGAAUUGGUAGAGAGAUCGCUUUGAGAUUAGCGAAGGAAAAAUGCAAUAUUGCCAUAGCGGAUGUGGACUAUAUUGCUGGGGAGAAUACUGUGGAAGAGUGCUUAUCAUUGGGAGUGAAAGCUAAGUUCUUUAAGGCGGAUGUCGGUGAAAAUGAUGAGGUAAUGCGGCUACAAGAGAACAUAGAGAAAGAAAUGGGGUUUGUUGAUAUCUUAGUGAACAAUGCUGGGCUGAUGCCACUCUUGUCCAUCCGGGAAGGAUCUUCUGCUGAAAUCGAGAGGAUUAUUCAUACAAACUUCCACUCACAUAUUUGGACUUGCCGAGCUUUCGUGGGUGGCAUGAUUGAGAGGAAGAAGGGUCAUAUAAUUUGCAUUGCAUCUGCAACAACAAUUCAUCCAAUGCCUCGAGCAACGAUUUAUUCGGGAACGAAGGGUGGAGUGGCUGGCAUGAUGAUGGCCUUUGAAGAGGAACUCAGAGGCGAAGGACAUGGAAAUUACAUCAAAUUCACCACUGUUUAUCCCUAUUUCGUAUCCACGAGGAAAGAUUUAAUGGAAAACCUCAAUCUUCGAUUCCCAGCUGUUACAGCUAAAGACACAGCGAGAGUUGCUGUGAAGGCAAUGCUCAGGAAUCAAAAGGACGCCGGUGUUCCUGAGUAUUUGUUCUUCCUCUCAAAAGUGAAUAGAUUGCUCACCGCGGAAGUGCAGCAAUUGGUUCGAGAUAGAAUAUUCAGGGAAAAAAAUACUCUGAUUGGAGUUUACAGAGGAUCAAAUUAGUUUUCAUUUUCCAUUCAAUAAAUUCAAAGUAUCCCAGAAGAA